AUGUCUCUUAUCGUCGAAGGUUUCCAAUCCUCUGCUCUCCUCUCCCAGAUCGACGAGCAGCUCAAGGCCCUCCCCGAGGCCGAGCGCAAGGAGCAGGUCAGCAAGGUCAAGGGUGUUUACCAGUUCAACGUCAAGAACAAGGCCGGCAAGGUCGCCACCUGGACCUUUGACUUGAAGAACGGUGCCGGUGCCGUGCACAAGGGAACCGUCGACAAGCUCAAGGCCGACAUCAUCAUCGAGAUUGCCGAUGAGGACUUUGUCGCUCUUGCCGACGGCAAGGCCAACGGACAGAAGCUCUUCAUGUCUGGAAAGAUCAAGGUCAAGGGUAACGUCAUGAUGGCCACCAAGCUCGACGUUGUCCUCAAGUCUCUCAAGGACAAGGCUGCUGUCAAGGCCAAGUUGUAA